UCCAAGGAAUGUUACUCUGUUUGUUGUUUGUUGCGUUGCGACAAAGGUGUUUUCCGUUAUAGGUCUCUAUCCUAACUCCAGACCUAACUUCAGUUGUCUAACUGAGGGAGUUUGUCAUGGAUAUUUUUGCGAUAAAGGAGAGCUUUAUUUUUGCUCGGCUCUUUAUCAACUCCAUUGAACUUUUACAUCCAGCUAUCAUCUGCCGUUUGGGAUAACGUUGAGGAAUUUAAACGGAUCACCACACAGAGAAGAGGUGGGACGAUUAACACUGCUGGUGUGAACCUGGAUAUUAUCCAUCAACAACAGAGCUGCUGAUGUCGAUAUAAAAAGCAAUAAACUUCUGAGAAGAAAAAAAAAAGUAAAAAUUGGGUGGUGAUCGUUGUGUCUGGUCACUGAGAUAUGGCUUCUAGCCUAACAAGUGCGGGCGUGGUGUGGGCCCUGCUUUCCUUCCUGUGUGCUGCGGCCUCUUGUGUGGGUUUCUUCAUGCCCUACUGGCUCCUAGGGUCCCAGAUGGGUAAACCGGUCUCCUUCGGGACCUUCCGGAGGUGCUCGUACCCAGUGCGUGAUGAGGCUCGCCAGGCCACGGUGAUGCUGGAGCAGUGUGGGCGCUACGCCUCAUUCCAGGGCAUCCCUAGUCUGGAAUGGAGGAUUUGUACGGUGAUAAUCGGGUUGGGCUGUGGCCUGCUACUCCUGGUGGCGCUCACGGCCCUCAUGGGAUUCUGUUUGUCUGAUCUCAUCUCCAGGACCAUUGGACGCGUGGCCGGGGGCAUCCAGUUUUUGGGGGGUAAGUUAAAAUCAGCAAGUCACAGCCUGCUGUUGCUUUUUAAGUGA